AUGACGCAGCAGGAUGCAGCAGCAGCAGUAGCAGCACAGCCAGCAGCGGUCGAGGCCAGUGACGAGGCAGCACCCGCCCCCAAGAAGAAGGGGGGCCUGGCCAAGCGCGUCGUGUUUGGGGUCAUCCUAGGCCUCAGCGGCGCGGCAGUCAUCAUCGUCGGCGGCUGGCUGUACUGCUUCGUGGCGUGCCUGGCGGCAUACCAGCUGUCACAGGAGUUUAUUGGCCUGGUCGGCGCCAAGGGCAUCUCCAAGGGCAUGCGGCCGCCGCCGCCGCUGGUUAAUAACGCCAUCAGCCUGCUGUGCGUGGCGCUCAACGCGUGGGUGUUCAUUACCAACGGGCGUGCUGCGAGCGCCAUGGCGGUGGCAACCUUCAUGUGCCUCUGCUUACAGUUGCUGGCAGUGCGCAAGCCACGCUUCGCGCAGCUCGCCUCCUCCGUGUUUGGGCUCUUCUACUGCGGCUACCUGCCCAGCUUCUGGAUCAAGCUGCGCCUGUUGGCUGUGCCAGCAGUGAACAGCGCCGCAGUUGCGGCCACCGUCCCCCCGCUGCUGGGCGGCCCCACGCACCUCACCGUGGGCCUGAUUGCCGCGUUUGUGGCUGUCUCCUGCAUCAUCGCUGCCGACACCGGCGCCUACUUCUGCGGCAAGUCGUUUGGGCGCACGCAGCUGACGGCUGUGAGCCCCAAGAAGACCGUGGAGGGUGCUGUGGGCGGCCUGCUCAGCAGCAUUGUGGUGGCACUGGGGCUGUACAAGUUUGCUGGCUGGCCCGACAACUCGCUGAAUGCAGCGGCCCUGGGCACCAUCGUGUUCUUUGCCAGCCUGUUUGGCGACCUAAUUGAGAGCGUGAUCAAGCGUGAUGCUGGGCUCAAGGACGCGUCCAAUCUGAUCCCGGGCCACGGGGGCCUGCUGGACCGCCUCGAUUCCUACCUCUUCACCGGUGCCUGCGUCUAUUUCUUCAUCAAGUUCUGCUUGGGCAACUUUGGCAUCUGA